UCCUCUCCCCUCUUUUGGGUGGGUCUAGGCUGAGUCAGGAUGCUAUGUCUGAGUGUGUCAGGUUGGGGGGGAGCCCAGAGUCCCUGCUGUGCCCUGCUGAGCUAUUCAAUAUUGUUAACAGACACUUUCCUCAGGCAGAAACCCUGCUGAGCGACUCAUCAACUCCCAGAGUGAGUGCAAUAUACUUUGGCAAGAUUGGAGAGAGGGCUGGGGCAAGGAGGGGGGGCUUUGUUUGCUAACAGUGCCUAUAAAACCUGCUUUUGACCAACUCAGCUAUAAGAGGAAGCAUCAGCUAUCUGUGCCUAUUUCAGAUUGAACUGUGCCCUCUGAUCAGUUUGACCUGCUGCAAGAGAAGAGUGACAGGGUAACAGGCGUAGUUGCAAAGUGCCACAUAGUGCUGCUCAGGCACAAGUGACUCAGUGGCAGGGCAGUGGAGAAGAGGAUUUAUCUUAGUGCUCAUCUGGUAGGAUUAAGGAUUGGAAGGGGGAAAGGUAUUUCUGCAGCCUACACUAUUGAACAACUGGAAAAAUGAAGAUGACAUGUGCCCAAUUCCUCCUACUGACGCUCUGGAUUCUAGAUGUUGAUGCCUCACGUCGCAAACUUCUACUUCCAAUCAAACCUGAGCAGGAUCCUUUGCCAUUUAAGUCUCAGAUAGGUUGUCACCUUGGAAAUAAGGUCUACUCCCUGGGGGACACAUGGCACCCAGACCUCGGAAAACCCUUCGGAAUAGCCUACUGUGUGGUAUGCCGUUGUGAGGCGCAGCGGAGCCAUUGGGGAAAAACAUCUGGUAAAAUCGGCUGUAAAAGCAUUAAGGGUCAUUGUCCUGCAAUCACCUGUUCCAAUCCUAUUGAAAUGCCUGGACAAUGCUGCCGAGUCUGCCCAAAGGCUCUUCCUCUACCCCUCAAUCCGAAGAAAUCUGAAUUUAUGUUUGAGGAGUUUGAGUAUUUCCAAGAAAAAGACGAUGAUCUUUAUAAUGAUCGUUCUUACCUCAGCUCUGAUGAUGUCGGUCCUGAAGACAGCCGUACAGAAUACGUUGCCUUUUUGACUGCUUCCAGUCCUGUGUGGCCCCCAGUGAAUAGCGGUCUUGCCAAGGCUAAAUUCAAUUUGCAGCGUUCUAAUUUACUGUUCUCCAUCACAUACAAAGGGAUACAUGGCCUUUCCCGAGUUCGUUUCACAGACCCUGAUGGCUCCGUGUUGUUUGAACAUCCUGUGCACAGAGUGGGGUACCCACAUACUGACACAAUUUGUGGCAUAUGGAGAUCUGUUCCCCGCCCCUCUCUGCACCUUCUCCGUUUAGGACACGUUCUUGUUUCUCUGGUGACCACAGUACUUUCCGAGCCUGAAAUUUCUGGCAAGAUUGUCCGUCACAAAGCUUUAUUUUCAGAAUCUUUUAGUGCCCUUCUAACACCGGAAAGUACAGAGGAAGCAUUGGAACGAGGUCUUGCCAUGCUGACGCUUAGUGAUGUAGAUGACAAUCUGCACUUUAUCCUUAUGCUCAGAGGAAUGCAAGGAGGAGAACAAGAAAGGAUUCCAAUAACUGUGCAAAUCAUACAUCUCAAUCAUGUUAUAAGGGAGCUCCAUGCCAAUAUUACAACACAGGAGCCAGAUUUUGCAGAGGUUUUGCCAGACCUCUCUAGCCGAGAGAUGCAAUGGCUUGGCCAGGGACAGCUGAAGAUUGCAGUGCAGACAGAGGGAAAGCAUGGACAGCGCAUCUCGGGCAUUAUUACAGUCAGGAAGUCAUGUGACACUCUGCAGAGUGUUUUAUCUGGAGGAGAUGCCUUGAACCCAACAAAAAGUGGAUCAGUGGGCUCUGCAACUAUCACACUUCAUGAAAACGGGACAGUGGAGUAUCAGCUCCAGAUUGCUGCCAUUAUGAGUGAAGUGACAGCAGUGACAUUGGAGACCAAACCUCGAAGAAAGAUCAGGAGAAAUAUUCUACAUGACCUAACUAAGGAUUACCAUGAUGGGAUGGCUUUUGGGUUGUGGACAGGCGCUAAUGCCCGGGAUCUGCACAUGUUACUUCAGAGCGAACUUUUCCUUAAUGUAGCCACCCGAGAUUUCCAGGAAGGAGAACUGAGAGGACAGAUCACACCUUUACUAUAUAGCGGGAUGUGGGCCAGACAUGAGAAUCUUCCAAUCCCCCUGGCUGGUCAGUUUGUGUCACCACCCGUGAAGACAGGAUCAGCCGGUCAUGCCUGGGUGUCUCUGGAUGAACACUGCCACCUGCACUAUCAGAUUAUGGUGACUGGUCUGGGGCGUGCAGAGGAUGCAACACUCAAUGUACAUCUGCAUGGCUUUGCUGAACUAGGUGAAGUCAGUGACAACUCAAAUGGUCACAAGAGGCUGCUGAAAGGCUUCUAUGGAUCAGAGGCUCAGGGUAGUGUAAAGGACCUUGAUCUUGAACUGUUCAGCCACCUCAACCAGGGCAAUGCAUUCAUCCAAGUCAGCACAAAGCUUAAUCCGCGUGGAGAGAUUCGGGGUCGAGUACAUAUUCCAAACAGCUGUGAAUCGGGAAGUAUACCACUGUCUCCGGAGGACUUUGAGCGUGAAUCAGUUGAGAAGAGCAGCCAGCGUCACUCAGAAGAUCUUGGAAAGGAUUCCAGAUCGUGUCAUUUUGAAGGAAAACUAAGGGCGCAUGGAUCUAAGUGGGCCCCUGACUAUGACAAGAAGUGCACAGUAUGCAGUUGUCAGAGACGCACUGUGAUCUGUGACCCUAUUGUGUGCCAGCCUCUGAACUGUACCGAGCCUGUCCAAUUAUCUGACCAGUGCUGUCCAGUGUGUGAGGAAAAGAAAGAAAACCUGGAAGUGAAAAAGCCUGUAAAACCUCAAGCUGAAGGGUGUUAUUUUAAUGGGUUUUGGAGGGCAGCUGGUACACAUUGGCAUCCAGUGGUUGAACCUUUUGGUCUAGUCCUUUGUGCAACUUGCACCUGCAAGACUUCCUCACCUGACCUUCCAGACCUGCACUGCGUGAGAAAGACUUGCCCACGGCUUACUUGUGCUAAUCCAAUCCGUGCCAACCCAAUGGACUGCUGCAAGAAGUGUCCAGAGGAGGAGCAAACCCCUGUGGGGUUGGUAGACAGAAUGCAGUCUGAUGAACCACGGAAUUGCAAAGUGAGGGGUCAAGUGUAUUCUAACAAUGAAAAGUGGCACCCAACUUUUCUACAACUUGGAGGAGAGGUGAAGUGCUUGACCUGUGUUUGUGUGGAUGGUGUUCCUCAGUGUAACAGACAGAAAUGGAAAUGCAGUGACCCCGAAUGUAAAACUAGGGGGGAGUCAGACGGAUUUUGCUGCAGUGACUGCCAUGAUCAAACCCAGGAAGAAGAUGAGAAGUACAACUCUGAGGAGCCAGCGGGUACAUGGAGCUACUAAAGAUGAGAGAAAGGGAAUUUGGAAUUCAGAAUCUUUUGUUAUUCCCAGGAAUACAGUUUCAAGUCCGCAGGACUCUCCGAUGACAUAUCCUCUUUUUGGAUACUUUAUUUGAACAUUAUGACUCUGUGAUAUCCUACCAAUCUCCAAAAGACACCUCAAGACAGAUUUGACCUAAUAACUGUCUUUGCCAGCAAGAAUUUCAGAAUUGCCAUAGAACUAUGCUAUGGUAUUAUUUACUAGGAAUCGUCUGAAGACAACUGCAGGACAGUGAUGCCGUAAUUUCCUUUACAACAUAUUUGUAGGACUAAGAUGUUAUGGCUUUCCUAAUGAGGAAACUGCAAGAUUGAUGUCAUACUGAUCCUUGGUUAUCCUGUGUAAGGAUCACACUUGCAGAACUAUGAUGUCAGAGCUUCCCUAAAUAGGCAACUGCAAGAAUAUGAUAUCAUACCGACCCUUUACUGUUCUGUAUAAGGGAUGUACAAAGUGUAAAAUGUGACAGUGUGAUGCAGACUUUAACAAAUUAUCAGUUCAUCUGUUUGGCGGAAGCAUUUCCAGUUUUAGCUGCCCCCACGAAAAUUGAGUACCUUUCUGGGAGAACAUUUAUCACAACAUACAACUAUAAUGUACUCUGCUGUAUCCUGUGGCAUGGGAUGGUUUGCAGCACUGAAUGAAAAGUGAUUGCUAACAGACAAGGAUUACAUUGUAGAUAUGAGAACAACUGAGUAUGUGUAUGUACAUACAUACAUGCCUACUGCUGAUAUAUAUCAUGAAUGUAUUAACAUACACAUGGGUUUUCAGAUUUUGCACAAACGCCUGUGAGGAUUUUGUAUGUAUUAUUUAUAGCGUUUUAAUUGGAUGCAGCAACUGUGUGAAUUGAUUAUUGUGAUUGUAUUUAUUAAACUUCAAUUAAACUGCAGAAAGUUUCCAACUA